AUGGACAGCAAUCCAGAAGCACACCGCAUUGAUCCUAUUUCACAAGGUAUCAAUUCGCUCACAAUGGAUCCUUCAAACCAAAGAGUCACCCCGGAGCCUGAGCAACAAACACCAAAGAUUGGAACCCGAAGGAUUUUACCCGAGAUAUUGUAUCAAAUCAUCGACUGUCUCGAUUGGUCCAAUGAUACCCCAACCUUAACUUGUGUCUCUCUAACAGCCAAAAUUUCUUACGACUAUCUAGCGUUCCUCGCAAAACAAGAAGGAUGGGUACAAGAUGGCACGACAUGGCGUAUGCAAAUGAAUCUUUGUCUAGGCCAGAGAUUGGAGCUCGCACCUCUAUUGAAGAACUGGAUUGGAGGCGACUACAGAGUUGCCUCUCCAAAAACCAUCGCGGCCCUAAAUUUAACUACGGUUGGUUCAGAAUACUGGGAGACACCAACAAACAUUUUGUUCCUUUCCCGUGCAGUAUACGGCGAUAAAUGGGAGCAAGAAUUUGCCUUACCACAACGGCAUAUGGACUAUUACAACAUGACCAUGCCGUUUAAGUAUAAUUUUGUUUACCACACACCAUUCUUUCCACAGCCACUGCACGACAAAGUCAACUGGUACGAAGACAUGGCACACUUCAUCAUUCAUGAUUAUAUCAUGGGUGAAUGGAAUGAAGAAAGCCACAACGACAUUGGUGGUUGGUUUGACCCUGAAAGAAUAGUGUGUACUACACCGCAUCACCCCCAGGGCUUGGGACCAUCAGAGCUCAAAGGAAAGGGAGAUGGCAGUGGCUUUAUUGUGUCAGUUAAGGACCUUAUCGUAACAACUGCUUAUGACCGUCGGGUGCCACCCCUUCCAUGGACUUACAAUGGUCGAGAUAGCUUUCAUCGCGCCAUAUGUCAUCAAGAGGGAGCAACAAUCAAAGAUAUGUUGAAGGCCAUUGAGAGAGAUAUCAAUGAGUCCUGGGGCAUCUCAUUUUGGGAAACUCAUAGCAGUGACUAA